UGGACAUUCGACGAACGCAGCAUACGGCCGCAGUGCCCACGUCGAAAUAGCGAGAUCCUGCUGCUCUAGCCCACAAUGACAGACAGGGGCAUCCCUAUACACCACCGCAAUGAUCCGUGCGUGCAACCCGACACUCCCCGCAUGCUGGCGUCAAUGGAUGAAGGAGUGGACUUGGACUGCGUUUCGGAUGCAUCAAGACUUUCGAGUGACUCGAAAGCGAGGCCAUCGCCGUACGAUUACCCAGGCACACCACCUCUAGCCAGUCCGCGAACUCCGCUGACGCCAAUCGCCAGUACUCCCCGUCCGCUGCCAACACGAUUUCGCCUGUCACUCCCUGCGAGCAGCACGACGUUGUACUCCCAUCAGCCAUCUCCAGCACCCCCACGCAUUCUCAUGAUGCCCCGGCGAUCUGAACCCCAAGUCCAGCCGUAUCAUAUCACGCCUCAAUCCCGCGGUAGAGCGUCGACGUCGGCAUUCCACCUGCGACGGCCAGGGUCGAUUGUCGACAUGCGACCGCGUCUGGCGCCGUUGAAUUCCAAAGCGCGUCCGUCUGAAAAGGAAAAGAUGGAGACAGAGGUGCUUCCAGACGAGGUCGUGGAGCACAUGUUUGCCAUGACGCCGCGAUCCACGACUUCGUCCAACCACGGCGACGACUUUCAUCGGAACCAGUCGCCGAUUGCCAUCAUCGAAGAGCCGGUGUCGGACGAAAUAAAGCUCGACUCGAUCUUGGCCACGGCCAACCACUUGGGCAUUGCCGUGUUUGUCGACAUGAUGCUCAAGCUCGUGAUGUUUCUCGUCUUCAUGUCGUACAUCGACCCCAUCCGCAUGCUCUUCUCCAUCUUCGGUUACUCGUCCAGCUUCAGCUUUUCGAUCCGCCAAUACUUCCUCUUUGUCACAUUUUGCGCUUUUGACAUUCUUCUCUUGGCCGUGUGGGGCUGGAAUGGGUUCGGGGACAAGCAAGUGUACCGGACAAGCCUCACCAUCAGCAACGUGUUUAUCCUGGCAGUUGAGAUGAUUUGUACGGGGCGAUUGCUCUUGCUCCUGCGCAAACUCCACCCGCAUCAAUGUCAAGAGCUCCAGGAUCGGUAGUUACCUCGGUGAGUCGUCCGUCGUACAAGUGUAUUUAUUAUCGAGUCACCAGUCGUCAUCGUUGAGCACUGCGUCGACCGCCUGCGAGAUGAC